AUGUACUACCACAAGUACUUCCGUAAUCACUCUAUCACAGGUAAGUUCCUCCUCUGAAAAUCGCAAGCUCUAAUAAGCCCCACUUUUUAGAUCAUAAAUUAGGCCUACGCUCAAAAAGGCCCCUCCUCCAUUCUAUGAUUAAGACCCAUUUUUACACACGUAAAAAUCUCAUAACUCGUAAACAAGAUGUGUUCGCAACAGGCUUGUAGCAAGGUUCUCAACAAGUUGUAACAAUGUGUUAUUUUAUUAUUAUACUACUGUACAAGGUCGUCACUCACAACUUGUUGACAAAUUGUUGAGUUGCAGGACGAGAACAAGUUAAGUUGUUGGAACAACUUGUAAUAGGUCUGUUGAGCUCAACAACCUUGUAAGAAGUUGUCAACAAGCCGGGAACAGACAAUGCAACACACAUCUUGUUGAAAGUUGUUGGAACAGCAUAGUUACAAGUCUGCAGCCGGUUUUGUAUAGCUUGUGCGUUUUUACGUGUGUACAUGAAGAAAUAUAUUAAGCCCCCUCUCUAAUAAGCCCCCUCUCUAAUAAGCCCCCUCUCUAAUAAGCCCCCUCUCUAAUAAGCCCCCUCUCUCUAAUAAGUUCCCUCUCUAAUAAGCCUCCUCUCUAAUAAGCCUCCCUUUCUAAUAAGCUCCCUCUCUAAUAAGCCCCCUCUCUCUAAUAAGUACCCUCUCUAAUAAGCUUCCUCUCUAAUAAGGCCCCUUUCUCUUUUCAGCCCUCCUCUCUAAUAAGCCUCCUCUCCUCUCUAAUAAGCCCACCUCUCUAAUAAGACCACCUUUUUGAUAAGCUCCCCUCUCUAAUAAGCCUCCUCUCUAAUAAGCCUCCUUUCUAAUAAACCUCUGUAAUAAGCCUCUCUAAUAAGCUUCCUCUCUAAUGAGCCUCCUCUCUAAUAAGCCUCCUCUCUAAUAAGCCUCCUCUCUAAUAAGCCUCCUCUCUAAUAAGCCUCCUCUCUAAUAAGCCUCCUCUCUAAUAAGCCUCCUCUCUAAUAAGCCUCCUCUCUAAGAGCCUCCUCUCUAAUAAGCCUCCUCUCUAAUAAGCUUCCCUCUCUAAUAAGCCUCCUCUCUAAUAAGCCUCCUCUCUAAUAAGCCUCCUCUGUAAUAAGCUUCCUCUGUAAUAAGCCUCCUCUGUAAUAAGCCUCCUCUCUAAUAAGCCCACCUCUCCAAUAACACCUUUUUCUGAUAAUGCCUCCCUCUAAUUCUAAUAAGUUCCCCUCUCUAAAAACCCCCCUCUCUAUCUGAAGUCGAAACUGUAUUUUGCUAAAUCAAUACAAGUCCCUCUCUAUCAAGUUCCCCUGAAAUAUGUAGACCCACAAGGGCUUGAUAUAUCAUCUCAAUUGGUUUGUAGUUCCUUGGUUUCCAAGAAAUAUUGCAGAUUUGGAUGAGUUUGCCAACCGUAUAUGCAGUUAUGGCGCUGAGCUCGACGCUGACCAUCCAGUAAGUAGUGGUGCAUUCAAAUGACACAUCCGUUAGGAUAAAUUUGCAGUUGAACUAUAACUGGGAGUUGAGACUGCAAGAAUUAAAGUAAACAUAUCAAAGCUUCACUGUUUAAUUGAUAGACAAUUUCAAUUUGAAUGUUAGACUCAUUUUUGAUCUGGGCAAAAAAAGUAAAUUCCAGUAAAGAACUUAUUAAUGUUAGUAAAAUUGCAAAAUUUGGUUACGAAAUGUUGUAAAACACGGAAAAUAUAGCCUUGCGAUGUUUGCAUAUUUUGUGUAUGUUUUGUAUCACGUGCGGAAAUUGUUACCAUUUUUGAGCCGAAAAUGUUAACAAUUUCCGCACAUAAUACAAACAUAUACAAAAUUUGCAAACUUUGCAAGGCUAUAUUUUCCAAGCUUUACAACAUUUCGCAACCAAAUUUUUCAAUUUUACUAAUUUCAUUGUGUUCUUUUUAGCUGUAGUGUUUGAUUCCCUUCGUUUUGCUUAGAUUAAAAUUUAGUCUAACAUGCAAGUUAUCCAUUAUCCAUUUGAUUAUUCAUGACGUCGCUGGAGGAAAAAAUAGUUUCCGCAUGGUUUACUCACUUUUUAAUUAUAUUUUUCCUUUGCUUUUAAACCAAUACAAAAUAUGAUCAAUCCAGCACAAUAACUAUUCAGUGAACAGUUCUUUGAACAAUGAAACACUUUCAUAUGUAAAUUUUUACGAAAUAACCUCUUCCAACAAAUACGUGUUGUGACGUGACGUACAAGAGCCCAUAGCGAGCCAUCUUCUAUUGUAGGGUUUUACAGACGAGGUUUAUCGAGCGCGAAGAAAAGAAUUUGCAGAUAUUGCUUUUAACCAUAAACAGUAAGUGACCUUCGAGCCUGCAUAUAUGACUGUAGUGAAAUAUUGGUGAAACUAUGGAACACUGUGCUAAAACCUCUUGCAGGCAGAGUAUGUUUUAAUUCAGAGCUUGAAAUAACUAUCGAGCAUUUUUCGACCAAAUCACAGUUUUUCCAACCAAACGCUAAAUUGGUCGGACAUUUUGUCUCCACAAAAAAAAACAAUCAACCUUCUUGGAAUACUUGGUUAACCAUAGGCGGCAUGCAAUCCCCCCGUCAAGAACAUUAAAUGUAGAACAGGCUAUAGUGUUUGGCUAAUGUAUUGUAUAUUGGCUUAAUUUAACCAACGAAGGCAUGAAAUCAAAAUAGAAUGUCCGACCGAAUUUGAAAGUUUCCAAACGACGUUAUUUUAGGCUCUGUUAUAGUUAGUUAGUUAGUGUAAUAGUCCGGUCUGAUCGGAAUGCAGUCGGUUUGGAAUGGUUGAGAACGCAUUUGGAACUCAAUAAGAGCGUCACGUAAAAUAAAUUCUUUGAUUCUUGUUUCGGCCGCGUUUUCUGUCAUCUGAACAGUCAUUGUAUUGGCGGCUUAAGUAAGCGAUUUUGAUGUCACUUCAGAAAUUUGUAUAUAGGGACAGUGAAAUUAAACCAUAUCGUUCAAUUUCAAUUUGUUUUCCUCGAACUACUGACAAGACUAUUACAUAUAACGACCAUCUGCUGCACGAUAUAGUGCUCAGUGAAAAUGUGAAUGUAUUAAAAAAACUAUAUAAUUCUAUUAUCUUCUUUUUUUAGUGGGGAGCCCAUUCCAAAUGUGACUUAUACAAAGGCUGAAAUUGAAACAUGGUAAGCCGUUGAAUAGUAAAACCCCGCAUUUAAGAACCGAGAAUUUAAGAACCUGUUAAUGGCUGUUAUGCUAACAAUUCUUAAAUUCAGAACCUUUUUAGAUAAGAACCUGUUUAGCCCAAUUUUCUGCAGGUAUGCACCAUGUCCAUAAGGUCCUGUUUAGGGUAACUUGGAAAAAUCUAGGUUCUUAUAUGCGAGGUCUUACUUGAAGGUCAAAUAAAUAUCAAAUAUACAGUAUAAUUUGGAUUUUUUUCUACAUUUAGGAAUACAAUUUUUGGUGAACUAAGCAAGCUGUUUAAAACACACGCCUGCAAGGAACACAACGAUGUUUGGCCCAUGUUAGUGGAAAAUUGCGGUUACAAGUAAGUCAAAAGUACAAAACAAUAACGGGCAUAUACAGUAUUUUAUACCUGACCGGAAGCAGGUGCGAAUGCUAUGGGUCCUCCGGCAGAGAUCCAACCUGCGCCUGUGCGAUUCCUGUGCAGCGCUCUGGCCACUGAACUGCAGAGUGCAAUUGCCAAGAGCUAACCACAAAGUUCUUGUACAUGAGCAAUGCCAUUCUAUAAUAUUUCUUAUAGUAUACAGGGCAGUCUUCAAGAUUUUUUGGGGAAUCUUGCUCGUCAAAAAGGAAAAAUGUUGAAUGUGUUUUGUAGAGGGAAGCCCUCUAAGCUUCAAUUCAGUUCAUCUGAUGGUGACGAUAAACGCACGCGACAACUAAGAGAGUUUGGUGAGAGAAGAAAACGGGGAAACAUUCGACGCACAAGAGAGAACCAAACACAACUCCACUUACAUGAGUUUUUACUCUCUGCAGUAGCUGUUUUAACUCAGAUUUAAGGGACAGCGCGCCAACCACGAUGCUUUAGAAAUAAAGUUUACCGUUUAUCCAACGUUUUCUCUUGACAGAAAAGAUCAAAUUCCGCAGUUGCAAGUUGUCUCAAAGUAUUUACAAGGUAAAGCUGUGUUUAUGCUGUUUGCCACGCAGAUCUAAAAAUGUGAAUUGGGCUGUGAUUAGUGUCGCUGCCAUGGUUUAGUACUUUACUAUUUGUGAUAAUUUAGUAUUCCACCUUUCUGGCAGGUCGAACUGGAUUCACCCUCCGACCCGUGGCAGGCUUACUUUCGUCACGUGAUUUUUUGGCGGGUUUCGCAUUCCGUGUGUUCCAUAGUACCCAGUACAUUAGACAUGGCUCGAAACCCAUGUACACACCUGAGCCGUAAGUUAAAGCUUCCACUGACCUCAAGAGUAUGAAAGCUCCUGGAGUGCUUCGUUUGUAUCUUUUGAUACUUCAUUUUGUGAAGAUAUUUAUGAUAUGAUAUAAAGAUAUUUAUUUUUUAUAGCGAUGUUUGUCACGAGCUUAUUGGUCAUGUGCCAUUGUUUGCUGACCCUGCGUUCGCUCAAUUCUCUCAGGUAAACAUGAAAUCCAGACUAUAAACUUACUUUGGUUAGAUCUAUCAGCUCUAAACUAUUCUUCCUAGAGGCCCAUCCCGUAAUUCUUCAAUGUUACUACGGGAGGAAACUUAAAUUUAACUAACUUUAUUUACACUGGAUAGUUCUAUUAGAUCUAAACUGUUCUCCCUAGAAUUCCAGUAAGGCUUAUCUCUUGAAGAUCCAGUGUUACUACAGGAGGAAACCUAAACUGAACUAACUUUAUUCAUACUGGAUAUCUCUAUUAGUUCUAAACUGUUCUUCCCAGAGGUCCAGUAAGAAUACUCUCUUAUUAAUCCAGUGUUACUACAGGAGGAAACCUAAACUAAACUAAUUUUAAAAGAACUAAACAUACAAAGAACUUAAACUAAUUUUAUUUAUACUGGAUAGCUCUAUCAGUUCUAAACUGUUUUUUCUAGAGGUCCAGUAAGGAUCAUAACUAACUUUAUUUAUAUUGGAUAGUUCUGUCAGUUCUAAACUGUUAGUAAUCUAAUUUAUUUAUUCUGGAUAUUUUUAAAAUUCUUUCUUCCAAUGAUAACUUCUUUAGGAAAUUGGCUUGGCUUCCUUGGGUGCUCCGGAUGAUUGGAUUAAGAAAUUAGCAACGGUACAGUAUUGCAGCUUGUGCUACCAAAAUAGUUUCAGAAAGUACUGAAACCAGUAUACUACUUGUUUUUACAACAUAGACGGAUUUUCAUAUUUUUUACUGGGGUGGUGCAAGAAAUUUUAGGGGGGUGAGCCGUGAGCAGGUGUCAACACAAAGUGUCACCAAACCCCAGUAAGGUCCAUAUUUUAGGGGUGGAGCCCUAGAGUCGCGAGGGGGAGUCUAGAGAGCAGAAAACAAAGUAUCCCUGGAAAAAUUUGAAAAAAAUCAUGAUUUCUAGCUUCGAAAAAAAGUUUUUUGAAGAGUGUCAUAUCAAUGGAUUUGGCAUGUCCGAUUGUCUGUUGAGACUUGAGAGAGUUAAAAUUAAAUGAACCUGUAAAAGUGUAAACCCAAUAGGCCAAUACACAAUAUGCUUUUACUUUUAUAAAGUCAUUGACAUUGUGUCGUUUGAAUCCGAGUACAAUUUAUGAUGCAACUCCGAUGUAAAUAAUAUUUGGGGCGUAAAGAUUAAAUUUAGGCAAAUCUAUUUCCUAAAAGAAUUAAAAACUAAGAAUAAUGUUCGUAAAAAUUCCAAACGUUCCUUGCAAGCAAGCUAUUUGCAUGACAAGGCACUGCAAACUCUAUUCAGGGGAGAUAAUAGAGUUUCAAAACUUUACAAUUGCUCCAAUAAACCAGUGAAUGCAAGCGAGGAGCGAUUAGUUUCGGAGUGUUGCACUGUCUUUUUCUAUAUGAGUGUACUCCUACGUUUAUUUUGUACCAUCAACACUCUGAGUGGAGUGGACUAUUUAAUUAUUUUUUUAUUAUGCCGAAUAUUGGGGGAGGGGGGUUGAAAAUUUUUUUGGAGGGGUGGACAUUUUGUUUGAGGGGGUUAUAGCUAACACUGGGGGGGGAGAGGGGGGGGGUAGCACCCCCUGCACACCCCCACCCCCACAAAAUCCGUCUGUGUUGUACAACACUAUGGGAUUGUAACUGGUGUAGCCUUCUUUUCUUCAGUUAUAUUGGUUUACUGUCGAGUUUGGUGUGUGUCGUCAGAAUGGCGAGCUGAAAGCUUAUGGUGCUGGGCUUCUCUCGUCUUUUGGUGAGCUGCAGGUUGGUCAAAUAUCUUGGAUGAUUAAUCCUUCUGGUAUAUUACAUGUAAGACGUUCACAUUGUGCUUUAUUUAUUUAGUACUGUUUAACAGACAAGCCACAGUUCGGGGAAUUUGAUCCAGAAAAGAUAGCCGGGACCGAAUACCCAAUCACAGAAUAUCAACCAAAGUACUUCGUCGCUGACAGCUUUGAGUCUGCUAAGGAAAAGGUCAGGUAA